AUGCCCGUAUUCACAGAACACGCCGCCGAGUCGCGCGAGCUACGCGUUCUCCCCUCAUUCGCCCCACCAUUACCACGCUUGACCUCGACAACACCACAAACAGACAAAUAUGAAGUGCUCAUUGUCGGCGCAGGUCCCGCUGGACUGAUGAUGGAGCUUUUGCUGGCAAGAUACGGAUUAGGCGACGAUUCUUUACUAUGCAUCGAUGCGAAGUCAACCACUUUGAAAUCCGGACAGGCAGAUGGAGUACAGCCUCGCACACUAGAGACACUGAAAUCACUGGGAUUGGCAGACGAGAUAUUGUGCGAAGGAUGUCAGAUGUGGCAGGUCGCAUUCUGGAACCCAUCAGAAGACAAGGAAAAGAUCAUCGAGCGCACAUCAAUCAUUCCCGAUGUUGCUGCUCCAUCGCGGUAUCCGUUUGAAGUGACUAUCCACCAGGGUCGGAUCGAGAGAAUCCUAGAGACGGAUUUGCUCCGGUAUUCCAAGCGCGGUGUGCAGCGCAAUACCAAGCUCCUCGAUGUCAGAAUGGACGAGGAUGGCGAUGCGGAAUACCCCGUCGUCGCUGAGAUCGAGACGGAGGGACAAACUCGGACAGUGCGAUCGAAGUUCUUGAUUGGCGCCGACGGCGCCCACUCGGUCGUCCGACGCAAAAUGGGACUCAAGCUCGAAGGCGAAUCGAGCGAUCAUAUCUGGGGUGUUGUUGACUUGGUGGUUGAUACUGAUUUCCCUGACAUCAGACGCCGAUGCGCCAUCCACUCACCGGCUGGUUCUGUGAUGGUCAUUCCUCGUGAGCGAAUUGCCACCGGUGAAUACCUGACUCGGUUGUAUGUCCAGGUUCCCGGUGAUGUGGCUCACGGCGAUGAUCUGGACCUGGCGUCUGGCACAGGGACACCUGUGGUUGAUGCGCGGGCGCGCAGAAGCCAAGUCACUGAGAAGACAAUUUUUGAUAACGCCGCGGCUGCGUUUGCGCCGUACUAUAUUCGACCUAAGUCGGAUGGAGCUGUGGAUUGGUGGGCAGCAUAUCAGAUCGGUCAGCGCGUCACGGACAGCUUCUCUGUUAAGGACUCUCGUGGGAUCAAUCGGGUUUUCAUUGCUGGAGAUGCUUGCCACACUCAUAGCCCCAAGGCCGGCCAGGGCAUGAACGUCUCCAUGAUGGAUUCUUACAACUUAGCUUGGAAGCUCGCGUAUUUCAUCAAUGGGCUGACUCCCGAAGGUCCCAAUGAUAUUCUCGAUACCUAUCACCAAGAGCGACACACGAUAGCCCAGCAACUGAUUGAGUUCGACAAAGCGUUCUCAUCGAUGUUCUCCGGCAAGAUCGGUGCCGCCGAAGAUGGUGUUGAUGGUCUCACCCAUGACGAGUUCAUGGAAGUCUUCAGACGCGGCAAUGGAUUCACUAGUGGAUGUGGUGUGGAGUAUCCAGAAAACAUGACCGUCGAUCGUUCUUCUACCGAGAACCCGAUUCGUGGCACGGAUUUCCUUUCGGGUAUUCUCUAUCCAGGGCGUCGACUUUUAAACGUCCGUCUUGUUCGCCAUGCUGAUGGCUACCGGCGCGAUAUACAGGAUGACUUCACAUCCACCGGUCGUUUCCGCAUACUCUGUCUCACAUCUUCGGAUCUGUUAGACCCGACCGGGAUCUCGGCCCAGGCACUCAAAGCUCUGUCUCAAACUAUCGCGAGAUUCCCGGCCUCUCUCCUGGAGCAAGUUGUUGUGCAUCCUCGACUACCCCGGGACUUUAUGUGGAAUGACAUUCCCCGGGAAGUGAAGCAGCACUCUGAGAUGUCUUUCUACAGUGGAUACGAGAUGGAUGAUGUCUACGGAAUCUACGGCGUUGAUCCCGAAAAGGGAGCAUUGGCCAUCGUUCGACCGGAUGGUUACAUUGGGGUCAUUGCCUCUUUAGCCGACAUCAGCCGUGCUGACCGUUAUUUAGAGACGCUGAUUAGAACAGUAUAA